AUGCGUGCGAAAAAUGGCUUCACAACUCCGCUGUUAUUCAAAGAAAAAAAUGGACUGGGAUUGAGAGUGCCCACGAGCAACUUCACGGUCAACGACGUGCGCAUGUGCGUUGGUUCACGGCGACUCCUCGACGUGAUGGACGUCAACACGCAGAAGAACAUCGAGAUGACAAUGAAGGACUGGCAGCGCUACUACGACGACGCCAACAAGGAGCGGCUUCUGAACGUCAUCUCGUUGGAGUUCUCGCACACGCGUCUCGAGAACUACGUGCAGGCGCCGCGUAUCGUGCGCAUGAUCGACUGGGUCGAAACCGUUUGGCCGCGGCACUUGAAGGACCAGCAGACUGAGUCGACCAACGCCCUGGACGACAUGAUGUAUCCGAAGGUACAGAAGUAUUGCCUCAUGUCGGUCAAAGGCUGCUACACGGACUUUCAUAUUGAUUUCGGCGGUACCUCGGUGUGGUACCACAUUUUGAGGGGAGCCAAAGUGUUCUGGCUGAUUCCGCCAACUGAGAAGAAUCUGCAGCUAUACGAGAAGUGGGUCCUAUCCGGCAAACAGUCUGAUGUGUUCUUUGGGGAUACCGUUGAGAAAUGCAUACGUGUGCACCUACAAGCUGGCCACACUUUCUUUAUUCCAACGGGAUGGAUCCACGCUGUGUACACGCCGAGCGAUUCGCUCGUUUUCGGUGGCAACUUCUUGCAUCAGUUCGGUAUUGAGAAGCAGCUGAAAAUAGCACAAGUUGAAGACGUAACGAAGGUGCCUCAGAAAUUCCGCUAUCCCUUCUUCACUGAGAUGCUGUGGUACGUGCUGGACCGCUACGUGACGGCCUUGCUGGGCAGAACUCACCUCGCCCCCGAGGGGCAGAGCACUACGCCCACGCCCCCUAAGGAGCACGUGCAUCUCACGCAGAACGAGUUACACGGACUUAAGGCCAUCGUGAUGUACCUGCACCAGCUGCCGGCGGCCAGGAAGUCCGUACCGGAGCUGCUGAGCGACCCCAUCGCGCUGGUGCGCGACGUGCGCACCCUCGUCGAGCAGCACCGCCACGACAAACAGCAUCUGGCCGUCACCGGUGUUCCGGUUCUCAAGGGUCCGGACGAGUCUGCGUCGUCGGAGCGCCGCCAUUCGGGCGGGCGCGGUGGGCGUGGCGGCGCGCACCGCAGCGGCCCCGCCAGGCCCCGCCCCGAACACGCCAACGGCGCGCCCCGGCGCAGGCGCACCAGGUGCAAGAAAUGCGAAGCCUGCCAGCGCACCGAUUGCGGCGAGUGCGUGUUCUGCCACGACAUGGUCAAAUUCGGUGGACUGGGUCGCGCUAAACAAACUUGCGUUAUGCGUCAGUGUUUACAGCCCAUGCUGCCGGUGACAGCUUCGUGCGCGGUGUGCCAUUUGGACGGUUGGAUGCAAACGCCAGUCGCACCACAAGCCAAGGGUAACUCGGGUCGCAACGGCCCGUCAACUCUGCGCGAGUGCUCCGUGUGCUACAGCAUCGUCCACCCCGGCUGCGUGCCGCCCGGCGGACAGCUCAACGAGGACCUGCCCAACUCCUGGGAGUGCCCCACUUGCACCACCAUGGGGCUGAACCACGAUUACAAGCCACGUCACUUCCGUGCUCGUCAGAAGUCUUCAGAUCUGCGUCGCGUGAGCGUGGGAUCAGAUGUUAGUCAACUUGGACAACAUCAUAAUAAUGUUCAGAACAAACUACCCCCGCCGCCGCCUCCCUCGUCUAAUGUCAAGUCAGAGGCUGGAUCGGAUACUGAAAAUAAAAACGAAGUUUUGCAUCUUAAAUCUGAAGAUGAAAUAAAGCGAGAGGAGGGUGUCGGCGAGGGCGCAGAGGAAGGCUGGGAGCCUGCGGCGAAGAAGCGACGCUCCAGCAAUGAGGACGAGGCGCCGAAGAAACAAGCACUGCGAGCGCAUCUGGCCUUGCAGCUCACCCACCACACCGCCAAGGUCCUGAAGAAACCUCUGUAUCCGGUCCGACCGGCCGGCUAUUCGCCGUCACCUAAUGUGCCCGGUUCGCCUUGGCUGGACCGCGAUGCGGUUCUUUGCGUCUUCGCCAAACUCACGCCCCACGAGCUGGCCACCUGUGCGCUCGUCUGCAAAGCCUGGGCAGAUUACUCUGUGGAUCCGUCGCUGUGGCGCAACAUGUCGUUUGUUCAGGUGCGAGUUUCCGCUGCCCAGCUGGCUGGUAUAGUCCGCCGGCAGCCUCUCUCGCUCGGCCUAGAGUGGUGCCAUCUAGCCAGGAGGCAACUCGCUUGGCUGCUGGCGCGCCUGCCCGCGCUGCGCUCGCUGUCGCUGGCCGGGUCGCCGGCCGAGGCGGCGCUGGCGCUGCGCUCGCCCGCCUGCCCGCCGCUCACCUCGCUCGACCUGUCGUUCGCGCGCUGCCUGGACGACGCCAAGCUGCGCGGUGUGCUCGCGCCGCCCGAGGCGUCGAGGCCGGGCGGCGGCGCGCGCACCGGCGCCGAGCCGUCGCGCCUCGCCGCGCUCUCGGUGCUGCGGCUGCCCGGCACCGACAUCACCGACGUCGCCAUGCGCUACGUGGUGCAGGCGCUGCCGAAGCUCUGCGAACUGGACGCGUCCUCGUGCGCCCGCCUAACGGACGCCGGCGCGGCCCAACUGGCGCACCACUCGCUGCAGCGGCUUUCUCUUGCCGGCUGCCGGCUGCUCACCGAAGCGGCGCUCGACCACCUCGCCAGGUGCCCUAACCUCAUUCGGCUGGAUCUUCGGCAUGUACCUCUCGUGUCUACGCAAGCGGUGAUCAAGUUUGCGGGGAAAUCCAAGCACGACUUGCACGUGAAGGACGUCAAGCUGGUGGAGUUGAGGAAAACC